CAUAAUAUUUGAUUAAUCCCAAACAGGUGUGCAUUGUGCAUCUCAUGCCUACAGAAGAAUGGUGCCAUGCUUUAACUCAACACAACGUGAUACUUUGAGGAGUCGUCUGUAACUUAAUAUAAUCGGUGCUUUUGAGGUGUGGGUCGAUGAUCUGGUAUUGGGGAAGUGAAGCCGUGAGAGAGGUUGAGUCGGAGCACUGGGAGAGCUGUGCAGUCAGUCAUUCUGGAUGUUAGUUGUGAGGCAACUUGACUCACUGAAUAGUACUUUCACCUUCUGUCUACCUAAGGACAAGCUAUUGGAGAAUGCAGUUUUCUCUCGUCCAAAUCUUGUUAUUGCCUAUGUGUUAAAGGAGGUCUCCUGGGAGCUUUGGAACCUUACAACUACCCCAGGCUGCAAGCUUUCUAAGGGCUUGUGAGAAUUGCGGGCAGGCAGCAGAGUGAAGCAAAAGACAGCCACUCACUGGCAGUAGUGCAAACAUCUUAGGUGAAAACAAGCCAGUGUGCAUGUGUUGUUUUAAAUAAAAAUCUCGAACAUACAGAAUUAUCUGCAUACAAGUCAGUCAUCAGUGAAACCCAUUAUUAAAAAUGUGUUGCGUGAAUUGUUUCAGAUUAAGUGAAUGAUAACAUAUGCUUACAAUAAGCUUGGAACAGUCAAGCCUUCCAGCAGCAUGCAGCAUUCUGGCAGGGCAGGUAAAGGUGUCUGAAUGGCCUUCCUGGCUUGAGCCACAACUUCCAACACAUCAUUGUGUUCAGGUACAAUGCCAUAAUGACUGAUACAACUAACUCACGGUAAAAUACUCUGCAGAGUGGCUUGUAUUUGUGCAGGUGAUGAAGUACGACAGGCCUGAAGAAGUGAUACAUGGAAUAGAACAUUCCCUUAACAUGGCGGAAUCUGAACAGCGGGGCAAGGGAUCUUGCUGUCUCCCCUGUGAAUGACCUGUGACCUGAACAGCUGCUAGACCUGCUACCUACACCAGUUUCCCCUUGUUCCAUACACCAUAUUUCGUUAUAUUAUAAUAUUAUAAUACUUGCAUUCUGUCUAGACAGAAAAGGAUAAUAAAUAGGGAUACCUAAGAAAUGAAUGCACCCAAAACACAGAAAUAGUGUGCAAAUACCAGCAAAGAGACACUCACAUUUUAUUUCAUAACUGCAGUACAUACAGUACCAUGUAGCAAGUUUUACUAAUAAUGUUGGCAACAUCAGGCACCAUUUUGACCUGGAAUGUCUUAACAAGGCUACAGCAUAUUACUAUAUGCUUGCUCUUUAAAUGUAAUAACCAUUAAACAAGAAUAACUAAUGUGUCUGCCUGUCUCUUUCCUUCAAUCAGGAAAAAAAAAAAAAAAAAGAAUUGGCCCUAUAUGAGUACGUUUAUUCAACUGACAAUAUCACAAGGCCUGGAGGACCAGCAAUUCACUUCUAAAUAGCAUAAACUCAGGAAGCAAGUGGUUAAGGCUGCUGCGGUCUCUGUGAGGGACACAUUGCCAAUGAACUGUAUGACAAUUUUUCUUGUGAAGCAUGCCAGGCAGCUCCACUGGUUUGUUCUUCAGUGGUCAAGUGGGUGGAGCUCUAAGGAGCUAAAAUUCUAAGCCCUUGUGAGAACUGAAGAAGACACCUUAAAUGGUGGACUAAAUGUGUUGGAAGGAACAGUAAAAGGGGAAAAGUUCAAAGUGUUACAUGAUUAACUAUGUACCAUUGUCUUAGUGAAACAGUCUCUUGUACCCAGAUCGAAACUCACUGGGAAAGUGGUGAAGUUGCAAAUGGCAAACAGCAAAGUGUGUACAUAUUCUGAGGCAGAAAUUAAAGCAGAUACACCAUUCUUUUCUGGUACAACUGUGGUAGCUUCCAUGAGUAAACCUGUGUAUGACCUUGUUAUAGGACAGAUUGAGGGUGUUACUGAUGAUGGAGAUCACAGUGUUAGUGCAGCUGUAAAAGGACAACAAAGUUUGGAGAUGUUAAGAAAUCAGGUAAACUCAAAGUGAAGGAUGCUAUCAAAAGUGUAAAUAGUCACGAAUUCAUGGUACAGCAACAAAGUGAUACAACUCUGGACAAAAUGAGAAAGUAUGCAGACACAGGCAAAGUAUUUCAUAAGUCAGAUGGAGAAAAGCAUUAUUUUGUAAUAAAUAAGGGUAUAUCGUAUCAUAAACUUGUAGGUGAUGGGUGUGUUAGUGAGCAACCGGUUGUUCCAUGAGAUUUAAGGAGAGCUGGGAUGGAGUUGGCACACUCAUCAAUAAUGGGUGGACAUUUAAGAUGUAAAAAGACAUUGGCUAGAAUUCAGACUAGGUUUUUUAUGGCCAGGUGUCUCUGCUGAUGUAACAAGAUAUUAUCACACCUGUGAUGAGUGUCAAAGAACAGUUGAUAAGGGAAGAGUUCCCAAAGUGAAGUUAGGAAAAUGCCUAUAAUACAGGAGCCAUUUCAAUGGGUAGCGGUGGACAUAGUGGGACCACUGGAGCCAUGUGCUUUGGAUGGGUCUUAAUAUAUACAGACAAUGGUAGAUUAUGCUUCUAGAUAUCCCAAGGCUGUAGCUCUUAAAUCCUGUGACACCAACAAUGCAGCAGAAGCAUUACUAGGUAUUUUCAGCAGGGUUGGGAUACCAGAAAAGAUUGUCAGAUUGUCAAGUUACAUAAAAAAAAAUGCAAGUUUUUUUCAGACAGCUGUCAAAGGUUUUACAACAACACCAUACUAUGCUAUGUGUAAUGGGUUGGUGGAAAGUUUUGGUCUAGACGGUGGCCAAGAUAUAUUAACCCAAUGCUGUUCACAUAUCAAGAAGUACCUCAUUCAAGUACCACCUUUUCUCCCUUUGGCCAAGAUAUAUUGUUACUGUAUGUAAAGCGUAUGUACCUCAUGUCAUUAUUCCUCGGCAUUUAUAAGUGAAAUGUUCAAUAGUUUUCUAUUUGCAUGAAAACGUGUAAUAUGUGUAAGUAUCAGUAUUUAAUGCUAUAUUAAGCACCGAAGCCGAUGCUCACUUGUUGGUAGUGUGGGCAGGACAAAGGUCAGACAAAGACGGGCAGGAUGGUGACCGAGGUAAAUACUUUAAUUUUGUAGUAAAAACUGAUUGUCAUAGUGCCAAGUCAAUUGCAUGUAUUGUUAAUGAAUAUUGUAAUAUGUUGAAAGUGUUUAAUAUCAGUGUAUAAUGUUAUUUUGUAAGAAAUUGAGACUGAGAACUUGUUCGCAGUUCUUACAGUCAUGCCUACCUCAUCAAUAAACGUCAGAGAGAGAACUGCCUUUCCUCGACCCUACGAUGAUGGGUGUGAUCAGUAAAACAGAUCACCUGAGAGUCAAUUGAUGCCCAGCCGGUGCGGCUACAGUAAGAACUCGACCUACAAGCAAGAAAUUGGCUCCAUGUGAAACCGUAGCAAGAGUGAGUCACAGGACGAGGGGACGCUGACGUAAGCCUAAAGGUUGACCUCUGAGGCCCCGGGGUCAGCUCUACCCUUGACGACAACCACUCCCUUCUACCCACUGUGCCUCGCCACCAUUUUGUAGAACCCAUGGUCACAGGCAAGAAAAUAUAAUAGUAUGUAUGUGCACUGAAUUGAGUAGCCUAAGUGAAAAUUACCCACAAUUAGCUAGUAUUAAGAGUGGUAAUUUAAUUGCUCUUUCAGUGUCUCAGUAUUGACACAAUUAAGUUGUUAGAUAUGUCUGAUACUGAGGAAAUUAAUGCCAUAGAUGGCCUUAGGGAAGGUGAGGGUGAGCAAGUGGACAGGGAUCAAACUUGUAUUGAAGAAGUUAGUGUCAGGGAGCGAGUGCCAACCGACAAAGGAAGGGAAUAUCAAGUCAGUGUAACCAAAGGAAGAGCAGAGUCCUGUAAGCGUAAAUGGAGCAGUGUUACCAGCAAAAUUAAGAAAGGAUUAAAAAUUGUAAUUAGCCCCUUUGAAUUAGAGCCCAUGUCAAGUGAAGUAAUAGAGGCAUUUCAUCAGUAUUAUGUGGAAUACACAAAGCUGGUGGAACUAGAGCCAGAAAGGUCAGAGGAGCUAAAUGAAGAGCUGGAACACAAUCAACAAGUUCACCAUGAAAUAUUAGAAAGUAUAGAAUGUAAAAGAAAGGAGUUAAAGAAUGACAGAGGAUCAAUUUGUUCUAGCAAAUGGUCUAGACAUUCUAGAGUCUCAUCUACUUCAUCACGUUUAUCAGCACAAAGAAAGCAAGAAGUAGCAGCAAAGGUAGCCAGACUUAGAAAGGAAAUGGAAUAUCAUGAUAGUUUAGCAGAGGCAGAAGUUAUGUUAGUUAAGACAAAAGCAGAGGCAGAAGCAAUGUUCUCAAAGAAAAAGAAAGAGAGAGAUUUAGCAGUUGCUAGUGCAGAACUUAAUGCUCUUAGCUUAGUUGAAGAAGAAGUAAAAAUGCUUCCAGGUAAUGAUGAAAGUGUAGAGAAGCAAAGUUAUCUUCAACAAUACAUAGAGUCACAAAAUGAAAUGAAAGCACAAGCAAUUGCAAAUCAACAAAGUGACAAUGCCAUGCCUCACAAAUAUGUUACAUUCCAUGACCCACAGAAACCUUCUUCUUGCAAUAGAGAUAAUGAAUUGAUGACAAAUGAAGUACAUGGACAAAUAUUUAGUGAACCUCAGGUAAUAAAUCUCAACCCUACAGCUCAAAGUCUUGUACCAAGCUCUCGUAGACACACUCAUAAUGUCAACAUGUCUAAUAAUGUGAAUAAUGUGAGACAGAAUCAUCAAUCCUUUUCCCAUCCUGGGGGAACCUUUGCAAUCAACAUACCUGAUCCCAAGUGGAGCCUCCCUCCAAUAGAGCCUAACACCUUUGAUGGAGAACCCAUGGAAUUUCCAAGUUGGUUGAAAAACUUUGAAACUUAUGUAGAGUCUAAAACUUCUAUUGGUAAAGAGAGACUUGCCUACAUAGACAGGUAUACAACUGGUGAGGCAAAGGAUGCCAUUAAAAUGUUAAUGCACUUUAACUCUGAUGCUGACUAUGUGCAAGCAAAGAAAAUUCUUAGUGAUAGAUUUGGAAACAAAAGCAUCAUAGCUGAUGCUUACACAAAAAAGUUAAUGAAUUGGCUACCAAUCUCUCCACAUAAUGGUCCAGCAUUAACAGCAUUCUCAGAUUUUUUGAAGUGCUGUUUAGCUGCAAUGAAACACACUUCUUAUUUGUCAUUUCUAAAUGACCCUAGAGAGCAGAGAAAGGUGCUAGCAAAACUCCCUGAACAUGUUGUUCAUGACUGGAGAAAGCAAGCGAUGAUAUAUCUUGAUACUAACAGUAAUAACAACACUUCUAGUAGCAAUGAAGAGCACCACCCACCCUUGGAAAUGUUAUGUGAAUUUGUCCAGAAAGAAGCAAAAGGAGCAAGCAAUCCAUUUCUUUCCUGGAAUUCAGUAAGUAGGGAAGUAAAUGAUUGGAUCAAAACUCAAACAAGGGCAACCAAUUGGAAACCAAGGGAAUCAAACAUCAUGACAAAGAAUAGAGGGAGUAGAACUUUCAUGGCUAAAUCAAUUGAGGAAAAACCAAUGUGGUCAUUCCAAAGUAAAGUAAAUGUACAAGCCAACAAACAGUAUCCCAAGGACCAGGAAAGGAAAGGACGAUUCUGUCACUACUGUGCAAAGGAUCAUGAUUUAGAUGAUUGCAAGGAAUUUGCCAAACUUGAUGGUAAUACUAGGUACAAAUUUGUAAAAGAAAAAUGGUUAUGUACAGGGUGUCUAAAAAUGGGUCACAAAGAAAAGGAUUGUAGAAGAAGGAAAGUUUGUAAAGUAUGUCAGAGAUACCAUCCCACAGCUCUUCACAAUGAUGAUAUGACAAGAACUGAGAGCCAAAAGGUGCCAGCACAAGCAACUCAGCCUAAAGAUGAUAAACCCACAGUAGUAGCAAAUAAGGUCAAAGUUACAGAAUCAGUGACACAUGACAUGCACACCAUGAUAGUUCCUGUAUGGUUAUAUCAUGUUAGUAAUGAAGCGAAUAAAGUUUUAGUGUAUGCCCUGCUGGAUGAGCAGUCUGAUGCUUCAUUCAUCAAGGAAAGCACUCUGAAUAAAUUGGGAGUUAGUGGACCAUCAGUGUCACUCAAUAUCCACACAAUAAGUGGAAAACAAAUUACUGAUUCUAUCAAAAUUCAUGGACUUAAAGUAAGAGGUUAUAAUGAAGAAGUGGAAAUAUCAAUCCCUUCAGCAUAUUCAACAGAAAACAUUUCAGCUGGACGGAGUCAGAUACCAAGGCCUGAGACUGCUUGUGACUGGCCCCACUUAAAGGCAAUCUCUGACAAACUAAUGAAAUAUGACCCAAACAUUGACAUAGGACUUCUCAUUGGUCUUGAUUGUGCAAAAGCUAUUAUGGCAGAAGAGCAAAUAGCAGGUGAUAGCAAGAAGCAUCCCUAUGCCCGUAGGACAGAGCUAGGUUGGGGAUCAUUGGUAAAAUCUCACCCCAUUCAAGUCCAUUGGAGGAUACAGUGGUAG